AUGACUACCAACACCAACAACAAUAAUAAUAAUGAAAAAGUAUUAUUUAUUACUGGAGCAAGUUCAGGUAUAGGAUUGGCAAUUACCAAAUACUUUCUUGAAAAGGGAUACAGAGUUGCAGCAACUUCAAGAUCAAAAGAUAAUCUAUUAAAGGUAGUUGGAAACAAUGACCCAAAUCAAUUCCUUGCAUUGGAGAACGACUUGUUAAACGAUGAAGCUAUUAAAAAGACAGUUGAAGAGGUUGUUUCAUCAUUUGGAAGAAUUGAUAUCGUUGUCAAUAAUGCUGGAUUUGGAUGUUAUGGCCCCGCAGAAGGACACACGAUUCAAGACUACAAAAAUCUGUUUGACAUUAAUUUCUUCUCUUGUGCAUCUGUGAUGAGCCAUGUCACCAAACAUUUAAAGCCAGGCUCAAAUCUAUUCAAUGUAUCAUCUAGUGCCAGUACUUGGGCCUACCCAUUGUUUGGAUCGUAUUCUGCCACCAAAUUUGCUUUGGAUGGUCUUACCGAAUCGUAUGCAGCUGAAGUAAAAGAUUUUCUUGGCAUCAAUGUCACUAUUUUAAAUAUUGGUAGCUUCCAAUCAUCGAUCCAAUCAUCUAUCCGUGAACCAUCAAUCGAUUUGAAAGCCAAGUAUGCAACAGUCUAUACAAGUGCCGCCGAAGAUCUGAAAUCAUUAGAAUGGAAAGAUCCAAUCAAGAUUGCUGAAAUCAUCCAACAAGUUAGUGAUCGCCAAGGACCUGCUCCUCUCCAUUUAUUCAUUGGUCCAGAUUCUGACCAUCUCGCAAGACAAAAGAUUAAACUUUUACAAAAGGAUUUGGAUGAAAAUCUAGAUUUAACUGUUCAUAAAUUCUUACCUUCUUCUGCUUAA